GAAACGCACCGACAACUCGGUUGCUGUGGAGUGAUAAGGUGUUCCGAAACUUGAAUAGGCUAAUUUCUUCUGUACAUGUAUACACUAGAAACUCGGUGAAGGCCUAAAUUACUGUGGAAUACCGUGAUUUUUGUGCGUGACGUCACCAAACGGUUACUCCUUUCUUUUUAGAUGGAGUUGUGCUUUCUAGUGAUAAUACAAAGCCCUGGAAGUUACUGUGGAAUGAUACAGGUUCCUUGAGUCUUAUAUAGGGCGAAUUUCUCUUGUGGAAACCCGUUGGUUUAAGAAGGCCUAACAUUACUAAGGAAUCACGGUGACUUCUCUCAUAUCUUUCUUGAGUUGUGAUUUCGUCUUCAAAUGGUUAACUCUGAUGCCGUGGAAUACUUACAUACGGGCCUUCGAUUUUUGUGCGUGACGUCAGCAUUGGAUUCAAUAUCUUUCAUUUGAAUAUGGAAUUGGGGCUCCAAGUGAUUCGGGAUUAUUAAGAAAUACUUCAGUAAAGAUAAUUUGGCGGCACCCACCAUGGAUAAACCAGGUGAAUCGCCUGAGCGCACCCCAUUGCUCCAACAACAGAAAGCACGAGCAGCCGAACAAAAGACGAUAUUAGCCGAAGAGAAGCCGAAGACUGCCGGGAUGGUGGUGGAAAACGGACAUACGAAAGGCCUCGACGACGACGGCACUGAGGUCGCGUUCAAGAAUGGGAACUACGGUGCAACCAAUGGAAAGGACACCGCGAACGGAACCAUCAAGGGAGAGGAAAAGAGUGAUGAGAAGGAAAACGAGAAAGAGGAAGAGAAGCCACAGGUCCCUUUCACGAGAUUGUUUCGCUAUGCUACGGGUCUCGACGGCCUCUUCAUGUUUAUCGGCUGUUUUGCCGCGGUCUGCCACGGCUGUGCCUGGCCGGCGCUCAACAUCGUCUUCGGCGGUCUCAUCGACGAGUUCGUUGAUUUCGACAAGUUGAAUACCACGAACACCACGGAUUUCACGGCUACUUUACCGCCGGGUUUGGAUCCGGCCAAAGAGUUUGAUAACCAGAUGCAAAUGUACGCCGUCAUAUUCACCUACAUUGGCAUAGGUGUCAUGGUGAUGGCAUACCUGCAGUCAUCGAUGUGGACUCUUGCCGGCGAGAGGCAGAUCUAUAAGAUUCGUCAGGCCUUCUUCAACGCCAUCUUGCAUCAAGAAAUCCAAUGGUUCGAUGUUCACAAGAGUGGUGAACUCACGUCCAGGUUGGCCGACGACAUGGAGAGAGUGAAAGAUGGACUCGGAGACAAGAUCGCUCUCUGCCUGCAAUCUCUCUCUCUAUUCUUGGCUGGUUUUGGUAUAGCCUUUUGGAAGAGUUGGGAAUUGACCCUCGUUCUUCUAUCCACGACCCCUCUACUAGCAGCAGCUGGGGGCUUCAUGGCUUAUUUUCUGACAUCCUUCGCAAAGCUAGAGCAGGAGUCGUACGCCCAAGCCGGGAGUGUCGCGGAGGAGGUUUUGUCUUGCGUCAGGACUGUCAUAGCAUUUGGAGGAGAACAGAAGGAGGUCACUAGGUACGAGAAGGAGCUGAAAGAAGCCAGAGAUGUGGGCGUGAAGAAGGGCGUGACUUCGGGCGUCGGCAUGGGUAUCACCAUGUUCAUCAUGUUCGGGUCCUAUGCACUUGCUUUCUGGUAUGGGCCUAAACUCGUUGCCGAUGGGCGUAUAACUGGUGGUGACGUCAUGAUCGUAUUCUUCAGCGUCAUGAUCGGUUCGUUCUCCAUCGGGAACAUCUCGCCUUCCAUGACAGCAAUCACGGCAGCAAGGGGUGCGGCAGUGACCCUCUUCGACGUCAUCGAUGCCAGGCCAGCUAUCGAUACUCGCUCCAAGAAGGGGAUCGUACCGGCAGAGAUGACGGGGAACAUAGACUUCCAAGGGGUGGAAUUCUCUUACCCCACCCGGGACGAUGUACCGGUGUUGAAAGGUGUAGACCUGAGCAUUAGGAAGGGGCAGACGGUGGCCUUGGUGGGGUCCAGUGGAUGUGGCAAGUCGACCACUAUCAACCUGCUCCUACGAUUCUAUGAAAAGUUGGGUGGCAAUAUCCUAAUCGACGGGCAUAAGAUUGAAGAGCUGAACCUCCACUGGUUGAGGAGACACAUGGGUGUGGUCAGCCAGGAGCCGGUCCUCUUCAACUGUUCCAUAGAAACCAACAUCUCUUACGGAAGAGACGGUGUCACCAAGGAGGAAAUCAUCAAGGCUGCCAAGAUGGCCAACGCCCAUGACUUCAUCUCAAAACUACCCAAGGGUUAUGAUACGAUGGUUGGUGAGCGUGGAGCCCAGCUGUCCGGUGGUCAGAAGCAGAGAGUAGCCAUCGCCAGAGCUCUGGUCAGAAACCCACCUAUCCUUCUACUGGACGAAGCCACCUCAGCCCUGGACCGAGAGAGUGAGAAGGUCGUACAACAAGCUCUGGAUAAGGCUUCGGAAGGUCGCACAACCCUUGUGAUUGCUCACCGCUUGACUACCAUCAGGAAUGCUGACGUCAUCUACGCCUUCGAAGACGGGCGGGUCGUCGAGUUUGGUGAUCACGCUGAGUUGAUGAAGAGAGACGGGGUCUACAAGCAGCUUGUGACACUGCAGACUCUUGAUGGUGCUGGUGAGGAAUCAACAUCAACUUCAAAAGAAGUUGUUCGAAAAGAAUCCAUCAAACGACUACCAUCUCGUCAAAUGUCUCGUCAGAUCUCACGACAAAUGUCCAACGGCAGUGGCAAAAUGGAAGAAAGUGUCGAGGUAAAGGAAGAAGUUGAGGAGGAGGAGGUGGAGGAGAGAGGUUAUCUUGAAAUCUUGAAGAUGAAUAAACCGGAGUGGCUUUACAUCGUUGUCGGCUGCGUUUUUGCUGGAAUCCUUGGAGUCGCCAUGCCUGCUUUCGCUAUUCUUUUCAGCGAGGUCAUCGCGAUCUUCAGUUUGCCCGCUGACGAAUUGAGAGAGGAAUCUGUUUUCUGGGCCCUGAUGUUCCUGGCCCUCGGAGGAGCAUUCUUUGUGAGUAACAGCGUCACCGGUUACUGCUUUUCAAUCUCUGGAGAGGAGUUGACCCUGAGGCUUCGCAAGAAAGCGUUCUGGACCAUCCUCCGUCAGGACUGUGCAUAUUUUGACCAACCAAGUCACAGUACUGGUGCCCUUGCUACAAGGCUAUCAUCAGACGCAUCAAAUGUCAAAGGGGCCACCGGAAUGCGCAUCAGCACCAUCGUGCAGGCUAUCGUAACCAUGGUCGUCGCUAUCACCAUUGGCUUCAUCUUCGGCUGGAAGUUGGCUCUCCUCAUCUUCGGUUGCCUCCCGGUCCUGGCCCUCUCCGGUGCUCUUGAGAUGAAGAUCCUCCAGGGUGGGCAUGAGAAAGACGCCGCCCUCAUCGAGGAAGCCGGCAAGAUUGCCGCUGAAGCAAUUGAGAACGUUCGUACUGUAGCCUCUCUCAACCUUGAGGAUAGGAUGAUUGCGAAUUAUACUGAGCAGCUGCAAAACCCCUACAGGCAAGGAAAGAUUAACAGCCAGAUUAAUGGUCUGGCCUUUGCUGUCUCCCAGGCGAUGAUCUUCUUCAUCUAUGCAGCAUCCUUCCGUCUGGGAGGAUACUUGGUAUCCAUUGGUGAUAUGACAGUAGAUGAGGUCUUCAAAGUUGUCUUUGGGGUUGCUUUUGCCGGCAUCUCGGUCGGUCAGUCACUGGCUUUCCUCCCAGACUACGCCAAAGCUCGCCACUCAGCAGAUCUUAUGCUUCACCUGUUCAGCAUCAAGCCGCUCAUUGAUAAUUAUUCCACGGAUGGAGCUCAACCGCAAAAGGUGGAUGGUAAGAUCGAGUACAGUGGUCUCAAGUUUUCCUACCCAACUCGACCUGACGUCACCGUCUUGAAAGGGCUGAGUCUCACCAUCAAACCAGGCCAGACCGUAGCCCUGGUAGGAGAGAGUGGGUGUGGUAAGAGUACUCUGGUGUCACUCCUAGAAAGAUUCUAUGAUCCCGCACAAGGUUCUGUGGCUCUCGAUGGGACGCCUGUAAAAGACAUCAACAUCCAGUGGCUGCGAGCAAACAUGGCGAUUGUGAGCCAAGAACCAAUCCUCUUUGCCUGUUCUAUCGGAGACAACAUCCAAUAUGGUGUCGAAACGCCAAUGGAACAAGCGGCUAUUGAGAAUGUCGCCAAGAUGGCCAACAUUCAUGAUUUCAUCGCUUCUCUUCCUCUUGGAUAUGAUACUCUUGUAGGAGAGAAAGGAGCCCAGCUGUCCGGUGGUCAGAAGCAGAGAGUAGCCAUCGCCAGAGCUAUGGCUAGAAAUCCUCGUAUCCUACUCCUGGAUGAAGCUACCUCAGCACUUGAUACAGAGAGCGAAAAGGUUGUCCAGGCAGCCCUUGACAAUGCCAUGCAGGGCCGAACAUCCAUCGUCAUUGCCCACCGUCUCUCCACCAUCCAGAACGCUGACACCAUUGCUGUAAUCAGAGAGGGAGUGGUCGUCGAGAGCGGUAGCCACCAGGAACUUCUCCAAAGCAAGGGACACUACUUUACGUUGACCGGUGGCAAGAUUGAUGUGGAAUCUGAAUAGACGAAUGGCCUAGGCAAAAGCGGAGAUUGUCUUUCGGAAACUAAUACAGAUUCAAACCAGGAGUCUUGAAAUGCUGACCAAAUACCUCUCAGUAGGUGCUGGUUGCAGAAGUUGUGUUAAAUGAUCAAAUCGUAGAGUCAGAUAUGGAAUGAUUGAUUUACGGGUCAAAUUCCAAAAAAACUAUUGAAUGGCCAAACGUGUAAAUCAGGAGCGUUUUUGUAUUCUUACUAAAGUUUAUAAACAUUAUCUUGUAUAUUUAUCAUUCUAAGAGAUAGUGGAAUCGUAACCAUCGUAGCACUGAUUGUAUUUGUUGUGAGCAUGUCGUUAUAGAACACUGAGGUGCCUAUAAUACGUUUUGCUAUUCCACUUAACCCCUCUCGUUGGGGGAUCCCCCUGAAAAAUUACAUACCAUUUUAUACAUUCUCUGGCCUUUUUCUCUCGAGUCUUGUGUAUCUUUCUAGUCUUGCACAUCUUUUGACAUUGGGUUAUAACAAUUGACUUCUGUUUCAAUGUCACAAGUGCUUUCGUGAAUUGUACAUCUAUGCAUCGAGACGAAAAUGGAGGAUUCUUAUGCAUAAACAAAUAGGAUACUGCUUUCUCUUUUCUUUAUUCUUUGUACGCUUGCAAUCAGGUGAAUUUGAGUAAGAGGAACUUCAAAGUUUAAGCGGGCCUCUACUUUACUUUCUCUACCUCUUUCUGUGAAUGAUGUAAUGUAACCUAUACAUCAUUGUAAAGCAUAGCGCAUACCAAAGUAUUUUCGAGGUUAGUAUCUGGAAAUAACAGUGCCUUAUGAUAUUGUUUAUUUCAUUUUG